UUGCUAGUUGACUGCCUCCUUUGUGCUACGUGCAGGCUUGCCGAGCCCUGAUGAUUGCCGCCUCAGUGCUGGGGCUGCCGGCCAUCUUGCUGCUGCUGACCGUUCUCCCCUGCAUCCGAAUGGGCCAGGAGCCUGGUGUGGCCAAGUACAGGCGAGCCCAGCUGGCUGGUGUUAUGCUCAUUCUGCUGGCUCUCUGCGCCAUCGUGGCCACCAUCUGGUUCCCUGUGUGUGCCCACCGUGAGACCACCAUCGUGAGCUUUGGCUACUCCCUGUAUGCAGGCUGGAUUGGUGCUGUGCUGUGCCUUGUGGGUGGCUGUGUCAUCAUCUGCUGCGCCGGGGAUGCCCAGGCAUUUGGUGAAAACCGUUUCUACUAUUCUUCGGGCUCCAGCUCCCCAACUCAUGCCAAGAGUGCCCACGUAUAAGAGGGCGGCCAGGCUGCCCAUGGAGGUGCUGUCGAUACUGGGCCUAUGGCCCUAGGUUUGCUUGCCACAGUGGGGGAAAGCCCACUCCUCUGCCAGGCUCUAAAGCCAAAGGUCUAGAAAAGCAUCCUGUCUGGCAUUUCGUAGUCUUAACUCCCUCCCCCCAUCUUUUGGUUGCCUUAAAAGAAAUCUCUAGCUCAUAUAAUGCCCUCACAUAUUUCUCAUGGCACUGCCCACUAUUAGCUCUUUUCUUGGGCAUUCCUUUGUUGUUUAUUAAAAAGAUUAUGUAUAUAUAUUUUGUUUCUCUCUAAAUUUCAAAUGUCUUGCAAACAUUGCUGAGUUGGGUGGGGGUGGGGAAGAGAAAUAAAAGACAC